AUGCUGGGAAUUCUAUCCCUCAGUACAACAGCUUUGAGAAAUGUAUUACCUAAACCUGAACGCCAACCAGCACCAUGUUUUAUGGAAAGUACACUCCACAUGCCUCAACUUCUGGACAGUGUCUAUUUCAAGACGGCCGACCAAUCGCCUGCGGAUACCUUACGUGCAAAAAUAUCGUCAACUGCUAGCCAAGCUUUGUUACGACGCAAGAACCAUUUCGCCCUAAAAAGCGCUAACCCGACUCGACGUUUGUACUUACUUGAGUCGCCUGAGGGUACCAAAUGCAGCGGGUUGAAUAGGGUGGUCCACAAUGCAAUCGCACCGAGAUCACCAAAUGACAUAGUCCACUAUACUUUCGUUUACUCCUCGCCCAAUGCUGCAAACAACACCCCACCUUUUGCUAUGAAACGUAUGAUGUACGACAAGCAACCCAACAAACAGCUGGCAUAA